AAAACUCAACUGUCCGUUACAAAACACGCGCUCACCAUCCACAUCUUUCGUCAUCACUUGGCAGCCCAUCUGCAACGCCAUCGUCCACACCGACCACGGACAGUCCACAUUUUGCACACUCUCCAUUCCCCACGAUUCCACUCACGUCAAGCCCAGCGAACGCACCAGAACGUCACGAAACACGGCUCGCAUUGGAUUUGACAACUUCCCGAAUCCCAGUCGUUUCAGUCGUUUUCGAACGGUCUAUGCGAGUGGAGGUGUAGCUGGCUUGUGCGCGUUCAGUGGUCGUACAGAAAAUUUUGACAGCUUCCAAGAGCGUACAGUGGCAACCUAAUUCCUGAUAAGAUCCCACGGCCGGACCGUCUGCAAGUUGUGCGAGAAUUGUUUACUGAUAAGAACGCAUCUCGCGGAAAUCUCCAGUUGGCGUGGCGGAGGAUGCUUGCGGUCGAUGCGCUCGAGCGGAUCAUGUGACACGGAGUUGCGGACAUCCUUUUUCGCUGGCCAAUUCCAGGGGGCGAGCGAGCGACAAAUGAGUUUCGGGAAAAGUCCUAAUUGGCGGAGGUCAGGAUAGGAGGGCGCGAGGGAGUUUGUUGUGCGACAGUGACACGACGAGCGGGUGAAAGGACAUCAGAAGGUGCCGGAGGCAUUGCAAAUCGGGGCCGCAGUGAACAGGUGCUCGCGGGCAGCUCAUGCUCGCAGUUUUCCUGUGUAAAAGUGAAAAAUUCCGUGACUGCCCCCGCUGUUUUCACAACUUUCAGUCUUCGCUCUGUGGAGGAAGUGGCGUCUUUGCGGGGCUCUGUUUUGAUGAUUUGACGGUCGAGGAUUCUGAUUGCGUGCCAGAUGCGUUUUCCUCUCGUUUGCAGGCUGCCUGGCGGAAAGAGUAUUUUGCCCGGAGUCUGGUGAAGUGUUUACAUUCGGUGCGAGCGUUGCCUUUCUGCCUCAGAUCGGAACACAACCUGAAUCUCAGUGAAAACUCCGAGAUCGGAAUUCCUGCGGUCAAGUCGAGUGUGACCUGAAGAGUGAGGUCUGUGCGGAUAGUUGGCGGUGGAUUCAUGCUUGGUGCUGGAAGUAUUGAAAAAGUGAACGCCUGCAAGUGAUUUCUGUAGUUCUGGCGAGAAAAUUGCGGUGCAGGUCCGGAUAUCAGUGCGUGACACGUUGGUUGCUUUCUCCUGGUGUAAAAUUUUCCUGAGCGCCACAGCUCGUUUUUGCAUCAUUUCCAAUAAGUGUAAUAGGUUCAGGUGAAAUCAAGCCAAUAAGUUGAAAGUGGGAAGAUUUGACUAUCAGAACUCCUUACACGGCAGAUGUCCACUUGGAUAGACAUUCCAGCAUUUCGAUUUUGAAGGUACUGCCGUUCGUUUCUUCUGUGCUCUUAUUCCAGAAUGACUACAACUACUAGAUGAGAGACUUCAUCCUGGCGUAACACUACAUCAAAAAAAUAAUGAGUCACUUACGAUCUGAAAAGCGCAGCAAAGCUCCAUCCGUACAUAAAGGACACUUGAUUAUGCAAUGAUUCAUCAGUUCAACAAAGCCGUGCUAAAUGUAUGUUAAAACUACGAAACUUCGACGCAUUCAAAUCUAUGAGAAAUUCAAAAUUCGUGGUAAACGAUUUAAGAGCUGAAUAAUUGACUCGUUGAAACGCAAUAAAAACAGCCCAACCUCAGCCAGGUAAGGAGAAUAAUCGAAUACCUUCUGAAACCAACGCUCGACUGAACCAACACUAGCGUCUCGAAAGCGCAGAACCUCCCUUUAUCCAAACAGAAAGGUUACACCAAGUGUACUUAUAAUAAAUGUGCUAUCGAAACAAUUCAGGUGCACCGCCUGGCUCCGAUCACAUGUUCCAUUCAAAUAGGAUAGUCAGCGUUGUAAUCAAAUAACAGAGAGCGGUCGAAGCACGAUCUGGGGAUCGAAAAAUACCAACCGAACAAAUCGAACUGUGGUCCAUAUACAGUGGAGUCAACAGCAUCCAGCGGCCAAGCACCUAUCCAUCUUGAAAACGAGGAAAAGCAAACAGAAAGCAAUCUUUAUUUUUCCAAGAUGCUCACCAGACGUAAUUGGCUUCUUCGAUGCAGUAUACUAAUUAACGUAAUUGUUGUACUGUACCUGUGCAGUCAUGUAAUGAUCGGCGGCGGCGGCAAUUUCACCGGGUCAGGUUUCAUCAUUCCAGCCGAUGAAGUAACAAAAAUGCGACAAAUGACCAAUUUCGUGCCCAAGGAGAGGAGCCUCGAUAUGAAAGUUAAAGAACAGGACAUUCUACGAUCAUCAUCAGCUUCUGAAACGACCGUGAGAAAUCAGCAUGAUCAACAAAGUCACAUAGAUAAAUCACUCAAUGGCAAUAAAAUUAAUAAUAACAAUAAUAUUAACAAAGAAGAUACUCGAAAUAAAGACAAAGACAAUGUACUCGAAGAUGCCAACGCACAAAAAGCCCCUCAACCAUUAACACAGCCUCAAGAACAGUACGUCGAGGCGCAGCAGCCGCAACAACAAUCAAAAGAGCAGGAUCUACCUGAUAAUGGUCCUGGAAACGAAGACAAACGUUUUGAAAUUCCACCAAAUGUGGAAAGUGCAAAUGCGGAUCCCAAUAAAGCACCGGUAGCCGAUGGUAAUGGUCCAAACAAUGGUGGGCCUGCAUCGGAAUCGGAAAGUUACGUUAUCAAUGCAAGUACUGAGACCUAUUUGCCAACUGGCGAUGAUAAGGAGCUCUCAGAACGAAUCAAGUCAAUUUUAAAAUGUCAUGAUCGAGACUAUAAUCCAGAAACCGUACAGCGGGGUGAUUUCUGGGUGUUGAAAAACUAUAUUCGCGCCGAUCAUGGCGAACUUAAGUGCCACGAAACCAUUACUUACACAACUCAUGCUGAUUAUACCUUUUUAGAUAAUGUAAUUCCGCUGCUCGAAAGGUGGAACGCACCAAUUAGUAUAGCCCUUCAUGCACCCGGCACCGAUUUUCCUCCCACACUAAACUCCAUUAAAUACUUACGAAAUUGCCUGCCUGAAAGUCAUUUAGUUCGUUACUAUGUUACGUGGCAUAUAUAUUUCAGCUCGAAACAUAUCCCCAAGACUGUUCCCAAGUACAAUAAGGCCUUAGAUGCACCUAUAAACUGUUCAUUGCCGGUGGCAUACGCAAAUGUGUCGACAAACGCAAUGUAUAAGACGCAAAAGAAGUUACUAUAUCCAGUCAAUGUGGGCAGGAACAUUGCCCGGGAUGCAGCUCUAACGCAUUAUAUAUUAGCUAGCGACGUGGAACUAUAUCCGAAUCCUGGUUUGGUGAGGAAAUUUCUAGAGAUGGUUGCACGUAACGAUUCAACGUUCCAGAGAAAGAAUCCGAAGGUCUACCCACUUUCCAUAUUCGAAGUGGAGAGCAGUGCACCGGUUCCAAAAGAUAAAACGGAAUUGCAGGAGCUCUUGAAAGGUGGCAAAGCUAUUCCAUUCCAUAAACGAGUGUGUUCAAGUUGCCAUGGAGUACCGAAGUCACAGGAGUGGAUAGCUGCGAAUGAAACUGAGGAAUUGGGUGUGUUCCACAUAGGCAAACGUGUAGGCUACUAUGUACAUUGGGAGCCGAUUUAUAUUGGAACACAUGCCGAUCCUCACUAUGACGAACGAUUAAGUUGGGAAGGCAAAAGUGAUAAAAUGACUCAGGGCUAUGCACUGUGUGCACUUGACUACGAAUUUCACAUACUCGACAAUGGAUUUCUGGUCCAUAAACCAGGAAUUAAAAUUCUCAAAAAAGAUACAAGACGUGCUAUGCUAGCAGCUAAAACGAACCAACUAAUCAAGAAAAUUAUUUACCCAGAAUUACGGAUAAUGUACGGUGUACGUAAGGGCUGUGCCGUAUAGUAAUUAUGAUAAAUAUCCUUUCUUACGCCUUGCGAAGAAACGGAUAUUUAUCGGAAAAUAGCUCUAAGUUAUUAUAACGAAUACAAUAUGAAUAGAUGCAGUAGCUAUAGAAGUCAUAGGUUAAUAGGAUUACUUGUGUACAUCAUCCUCGUUAUACUUGUAAUAACUAUUGUAAUUCUUUUAAUAGUCAGACGAUAGACAGAAAGUUUCAAAUGGGGUGAUAAAAUGGCGAAAACAAAUAAUUACAAGAAAAAUAUUUCUAUGAAACGAAAUUGUGGAAAAGAGAACAUCUCACUACAAAGAUGGACGGAGAUUUUCCAUUAUUUUUUAGUUUUUUUAUUCAAUAGGUAGGAAGAAAUUUAUAGAAAGCUUAUUAUACCGAUUAAAACAAAACAGAAAUAAUUGUACGAAAAACAUUUUGUAAUAAAUAAGAUAAGAUUUAAAUAUUUGUAGGAGCAAGAGGGAGUGGAAAGCUUCCAAAACCUUCAUUUUGACUCAUCAAAUCUAUUCAUAGUUCGGUUAUGUUCCCAUUUUAUUAUUGUAUUGACGUGUAAAUGCAGAAAAAAAGUGCUAAUGUUGUAUCUGAAUCAAAAAAAGAAAGAUAACGUGAUGUAAAUACAUUUUCCCUGUAGCGAGUAAGUAUGUAAGGACGAGCAAGAAAAAUGUUGAACAUUUUUUAUUUGUUCGGCCGAAUUGAAUGUAUAAAAUGGUUUUAAUGAAAGUGAUGAUUGCAAAGUUUUCUUAUAAAACUCUUUGAGUUUUAAGUUGUAUGCUCGAAGCUUGUGUAGGUUUUAAAAUAUUUUCACUGUCAAUCUCACAGUAUUUUUGGUGGAUUUAAAUUAAGAUGUCAAAUUGUGAUGCUUUCAGAAAUUCAUUAAUUGAUUAAGGAUCAAUGUCUCCUCUUCGAUGCGCACUCUGUCACCAUGUCUACUGCACUUGCAUCACUCAAACCGAGCAUUAAUCUAUUUCAAUCCAACUCUGUAUCUGAACAAAGUAAAACCAGUGUAGUCAGUUACCUGUUUCGUAAUUCUCAAAAAAUAAACCUUGUAAUUCUCAUCCGAAAACUCCUCCACACACUUUGCAUACAUAUCAACCUCAUGCAUUCUAAAAAGUGUAGAAUAAUUUCCAUUUAAUGUGUUAUUCCACCCUUCACACUUGAUAUAAACGUUAAAACUCUAAGGACCCUUAAAAGAAAACUUUCCUAUUUUUAAACUAUCUGAGUAAGAUAUUAUGAAGAAAAUUCCUGCUCUGCCAUUUUUAGUAACAUUUAAUUUAAUUUUACUUCUACAUAUGUCCCUAGUUAUAGGAUACAUUUGAAACAUGUUUAAUGACUAAGCUUAACCUUGAUUUGUGCCUAAAACGAAGAAUUCUUUUUCAAAAUAAAUCAUUUUUAUGAAGGAACAACGAAGCUGAAUGCGAUGUUCCUAAAAUCACAUAGUUCAGAUCUAAAAUCAAAAGAUGGAUCCAAUCACACAUCCUUGAAAUAAAUACUGCAUAACAGUACAUAUUUAUUUAUUUAUUUAUUCCCGUACUUAUUCUAGAGUUUUUCAAUUAAAAUUCGUUCGGAAAGAUACAAAUAUCUUUCACCCUCAUUCUCGAAACGCGCCAUUUUUUUGUUUUAAAAUAUAAAAAUGCAUAAAAAAAUCGCCCCCAACUAUUACAUUUUAAACUGAUCAAAGUAUAAUUUUAUAAAAGUUAUUCCCGGCUAUGAAUCCCCCCCUCCCAAGUUAUUGCUGAGCGGAAAAAUCAUGUUGAAUUACUGUUUUGAUUUGUGAAACUAUAAAAGAAAAUUGCUAGAUAUGUAUAUGUGAAUAUUUCAAGUCAAGCAAACUCGAAAAUCUUAAGAAAACAAUUAAAAAAGAAAACACGUGAUAAUUUUUUCAUAGAAUUAAAACUUUUAUAGUCAUUUAAGCUGUAGAGAAUUAUAUUUUUAGAGUAUAAAUACAUAAAAAAACAAUAA